AGGGAGCCAGCCCCUGGGCGCGGCCUGCAGGGGGCAGGCGAUCGCCCGGGGAAGCGGGGGCAGGACGAGGCCGGAGCUGGUGCCCGCUCCGCAGCUGCAGGCAGCCGCMGGGAGCCCCAGCUGUGCCUCUGCCGGUGUGCCCUCCUUAGCCCGCGCUCCCCGCGCUGUGUCCCGCCGCUGACAUGUGUGCCGCCCGGAUGCCUCCCCUGGCGCACAUCUUCCGAGGGACUUUCGUCCACUCCACCUGGACCUGCCCCAUGGAAGUGCUUCGGGAUCAUCUCCUCGGUGUGAGCGACAGCGGCAAAAUAGUGUUUUUAGAAGAAGCAUCUCAACAAGAAAAACUGGCCAAAGAAUGGUGCUUCAAGCCGUGUGAAGUAAGAGAGCUGAGCCACCAUGAGUUCUUCAUGCCUGGGCUAGUGGAUACACACAUUCAUGCCCCUCAGUAUUUCUUUGCUGGAAGUAAUGUAGACCUGCCACUUCUGGAGUGGCUGACUAACUACACAUUUCCUGUGGAGCGGAGAUUCCAGAGAAUGGAUUUUGCUGAAGAAGUCUAUACCAGAGUUGUCAGGAGAACACUAAAGAAUGGAACAACCACAGCUUGUUACUUUGGAACAAUUCACACUGACUCAUCUCUGCUCCUUGCGGAAAUUACAGAUAAAUUUGGGCAGCGGGCAUUUGUGGGCAAAGUAUGCAUGGAUUUGAAUGAUGUUGUUCCAGAAUACAAGGAGACCACAGAGGAAUCAAUCAAGGAAACAGAGAGAUUUGUGUCAGAAAUGCUUCAAAGGAAUUAUGUUAGAGUGAAGCCCGUAGUGACACCACGUUUUUCCCUUUCCUGCUCUGAGACUUUGAUGGGUGAACUUGGCAACAUCGCUAAAACCCAUGAUUUGCACAUUCAGAGCCAUAUAAGUGAAAAUUGUGAUGAAGUUGAAGCUGUGAAAAACUUAUAUCCCAAUUAUAAACACUACACAGAUGUUUAUGAUAGAAACAAUCUUCUGACAAAUAAGACAGUGAUGGCGCAUGGCUGCUACCUUUCUGCAGAAGAACUUAACAUCUUCAAUGAACGAGGAGCAUCCAUCUCACAUUGUCCCAAUUCUAAUUUAUCGCUCAGCAGUGGCUUUCUCAAUGUGCUUGAGGUCCUGAAACAUGAAGUGAAGAUAGGGCUGGGGACAGAUGUGGCUGGUGGUUAUUCCUCAUCCAUGCUUGAUGCCAUCAGAAGAGCAGUGAUGGUUUCCAAUAUCCUUUUAAUUAAUAAGGUAAAUGAGAAAAGCCUCAGCCUCAGAGAAGUCUUCAGACUAGCCACUCUUGGAGGAAGCCAAGCCCUGGGGCUGGAGAGUGAGAUUGGAAACUUUGAAGUGGGUAAAGAAUUUGAUGCCCUUCUGAUCAACCCCAAAGCAUCUGACUCUCCCAUUGAUAUGUUUUAUGGGGAUUUUGCUGGAGAUAUUUCUGAGGCUGUUAUCCAGAAGUUCCUCUAUCUAGGAGAUGAUCGAAAUAUUGAGGAGGUUUAUGUGGGUGGCAAGCAGGUGGUUCCAUUUUCCAGCUCAGUGUAAGAAGUUCUCCUGGGAUGACAUGGCUCUGCGUCUCCCUUGUGCCCAAGCGUGGUUGGAAAGUCACAAUCAGUAYCUUGUUCUUGGGAUGACUAUCUCUUUCUGUGUCUAGUUACAGUAUUCACUUGGUAAACUGCUUGAAGGAAGUGCAGUAAUUCCCAACUCUGGUUGGGAAGUUUCAUAAUUUCAUGAAAAUGUCUCCUUUUUGAGCUGUUCAAAUUUACUUCAAGCUCAAACAGAAGGGGAUAUUAUUGCUGGCCGUAUGUCUAUUAUGAGAUUGAAGUGAAAUCUUUUUCCUAUGUGGAAACGCGAAGAGCAAAGAUAUUCCUGUAAGGUUAGAUAUUUUGAGCUAACGAGUAUGAAAAUUACGGAACUAAAAAUUAACCAGUGACCAUAUUUUUAUGAGGGAACAAAAAUUAGACAGUGAACAAAUGUUGGAAAAAAUCACUUCAGAUUGUGUUUGAAAAUUAUAUGCUGAGCAUAAAGUUACUGAAUUUUAAAAUGUGUUUCUAGAUUGACCUUGUGUUUUGGAAAUUUGCACUUAAUGGAAUUUGCAUUUCACAGA